AUGGCUCGAUUUGUCGCGCUGUAUGCAUUGAAUGAUCGGGCCAAGACGGCCGCUUAUGUUUCGGGCCCAGGUCGCCGGGAGCAGCUCACCGACAAGAUCACCGCUUCGUCUGCAGCAGGGAUACCCACCAAGCCCGACGGCGUUGAUCCCGAUGACGGCUCUUUCAGGAUAAGUCUCAUGCUGACAGCGUUUGAAUCGCACAACAUGCCAGGCCCGCCACCGCCCUGUUGGGGCUUUCCUUUCCACGCUGCAUGCUGGGAGAUUCUGUCGCACGCCUGUGCUCAGGCCGAUUUAUCCUGGGUCCAGACCCUCUUUCAUCUUUGUAGGAGUCUUCCCGUGAGCCAAGGGCUGCUCGACUGGAGGCAUGACUAUCACGGCUCAGACCUGCAAGAUGACGAGACUGAGCUCCUGCCUUCCACGGACGCAGAGCACCCAGGCGAACCACUGAUCAAUAGAAGAGAUCCCCUUGCUAUCCCACGCAUGCCGCAGGUCUUUGGGUCUGAAAUCUCCAAUGGAUCAGAUGCAUCGACUGCAGUGUUGGCUGAUAUCCCGACGGCAUCUAUCGAGUCAGUCGUCCGAAGCAACAAGACGGCGACUCGGCAUAUGGACACGUUUGCCAAGUUGCCUGCAGAGAUACUCGUGCUCAUCAUCACCGCCCUACCAUCGUCCGACGUCAUCAGUCUGAGACAGGCGUCUCGCACUGCCGCCUGCAUCAGUUUGCCGGAUGCAUUUUGGAAAUCUCGCUUUCUUCACGGUCGGGAGUUUGACCACGUCUUCGAAGCACGCCAGCAUUUCUCGUCUCAAACGCACAGAGGGAGGUGGAGGUCGAUAUACAGGUCUAUGCAGAGAAUCGAGAAUACCCCGUCCAUGGAAAACAGAAAGCGCAUCUGGAAGAUCUCAAUGAGCCUCCGCCGCGUCCUGGAAGACAUGAAAGGAAAAGACUGUCGAGGAACUGCUGUCCAGUCGUAUUUCGAGCCAGAUGCACCUCCAGCCACUGCUUCGAGACCGCUCGUCACCGCGCAUAGACUACUCAGACAGCGAGUCCAGUCCAUGUGGAGAGGGUGCAGAGCUUUGCACGAGCGCCGGCUCUCCUCGCUGCCUCACGACAUCGUUACGGUCUUCGUCUCCACCAUCAACAUAUUUGGCAGGUGCUAUAUCUCUGGCCUCCGAAUCCUGGACGUGAGGAACCAUUCUCAACCCUUGGGUUACAUCAAUACGGAAAACGAGAUGCCUCUCCAAGCAAUUUCCGGCAGUUCUUUCCGGAUCAAAGGCUUCUGUCUCGCCCAGGACCAGAGGGGAAUCAGAGGGCUCGCCGUUAUACUCAACAAUGGUCAACUGACCCAGUGGAUUGGCAAUCAUGAUGAUAUCCCCAAGAGAAGGCUUGUCUUCGAGUCUGGAGCUAGCAGCUGUGCUGCUGUUAUCGACAUUAUUCAGGGCGGUUUCGAUGCCUUCAAACUCGUAACGCUUUCCGUAUCAGCGGACUUGUCUGGACCGCUGCCAGAUCCAGACUCGCGACUGGACUUUAAAGAUCGGGCUAUCUGGUACCCGAACAUCCCAAAUCCAGACCUGACCAUGCUGGGCACGUCGGGAAAAAUCUACGGGCGCAGCUUGUAUGACGAAGCUGUAGCGCGUUUUCUGGUGUUUGGAAGCACUGAUGGUGACCACGCUCGCAAUCCCACACAAGUCACCGUCCGAAUGAAGGACAACGGCCCUGGACAAUUCACUGAUUUCCGUGAAAUCAUCAUAAGCUUCGACCCCGCCGCUCAUCAGACGCCUGUUCGAUUGGGCCUCAGGAGCGAGAAAGCGCCUCAAGAAGAAAGCCUGGUGAUGGACGGUCCUGGUGGCGAGCGCAUCACGGCGCUGGACUCGGUGUAUGAAUUUGGCCAGCUCUUGGGUUUCACGACAGAGACGGGAAGAAUCUUCGAUCUCGGCCUGAUUUCAGCUCAAUCUGUGGCAUCUGAUGAAGGAAACGACGAGGAUUGUGGAGAGGAGCUAGCCGUCGUAGAGGACUCUACCGUGCUGCACGAGACACAGGGAUGA